AUGGUAUCGGUUGCGGAGAAAGACGGGCCUGCGUUGCAGGACAACAAGCCGCCAACUAAACUCCCUAUGGACUUUCCCAUCUGGACUCGGGCAGAAGAUGAUGAGAAGGACCGAAAUGCCGGGUUAUCAAUACUACAGCGAAGAAGUAGAAAGUGGAACAGGGACCAUGGCGUAGCACAUGCCGCCGACCCUGCACAGCGGCCCAGCCGUCUUGACAGCAGAGGACUUUUCAAGGACAUUGCUCAGCCGGUUGUGAGCGGUAUAUUCGAUGCAUUAUCUCCUCAAGAUGGGCCGCAGAGCAGCGACGAUGAAAAAAGUCCCAAGUCCGAGGGCCUGAAGCAGCCUGCCCCGAUUCAAACCCAACCUCUGCCUCGGUUACCAGCACUGAAGUCACCAGAGUCACCAAAAUCACCCAAAUCACCCAAAUCACCCAAGUCGCCAACUUCACCGGCUAAUCCAGCCCCUCCGCCUCCUCCGGCCUAUCCAACUCCUUCUCCUCUUCCAUCGCCGCCUCCCCCAGUUUCAAAUCCAGGAAACCCUAAACCCACAGAAGCCGUUGUCAAUCCUAUCCAGCCGCCUCCGGGAAACACGUGGCCAGACAGCAGCUACGGUCCAAGUAUGGGAUUCAGCACGUUGACUCCAAGUGCUUCAACAACUAGACGGACAACUACGACCAAUGCGCCUCCGCCUUCACUUGCGCCGAUUGUUACCAUUCCCGUGCCAUUGUCUACUGGCCCCAGAAAAGGUGUUAAUCCUCUGCCAACGUUAGAUGCGGUCUCGACAUUUUCGAUGUCAAUGUCUCCGACGAGCCCCGCAAGCCCGGCGAGCCCGGCGAGCCCGACGAGCUCGUCUUCCGUGUACCCCACGCCAAUCUCUGAUUCAGGCAAGGCAUAUCACCCCGGUCAUGACAAGGGCAAUAUCCAUCCCAAAGUAGAAAUGGCCCUUGUUGCCCUGGGCUCAAUUGGUUCAUCAAUCAUUGUUGCGUUUAUUGGGUGGUUGAUUUGGCGGUGUCACAAACGCCGCCGGGCGAUUGACAGUUCCAGGACCUGGAAACCACAUUUCCCCAAAAACAUGCCUACGGAUAAACCAAAGCUGUUGGUAACGAAUGCACUCGCUCGCAUUCCCAUUCUCAAAAACCGCAUGGAUGAUCGCCGCCGCCGCUGGACAAACCUUGAUCAAGCAGAUCUCGGCCCGUUCAGUGAGAAGGCGUAUGUGGCCCAGGCCCAGUCAAUGGCGAUACAACAGCCACCUCUCUCGGGCGUAUCUGUUCAGACCGACUUUGUUAGAACCAGCACGCAUGCCGAUGUGCCUCAAAAUGGGGCAACGUUACACGUGCCAAAGGUUUCCAUAUCAUCCAUUGAGCCUCAGGCUGGUAGUACUCUUCGAUCUGGAGCUCAACUCCCAAACACUCGCAUGAGCGACAUUUCUUCCCUGUCAUCCGGAUUUGGCGAUGGGCAAUUCAUGGUAGGUACCAUGAGUAGCGGCACAAAUUCUGCAAACAAUACCGCCUCUGAGACUACAGUCAAGGCACCAUUGCCCGUGGCAAGGCGAGAAAGCAUCGGGGCUUUGAGCCAGCGGCGCGACACCGUGUAUACCGAGGCAAGUGAGGAUACGCCUGCCCGGUUUCGCAGUGUCAACUCAUGGGUGAGGCAGCAGACGGGACGAGUAACGCGUGCGACGCAGCGCAAUCAGGCAUCCGAUGCUCCACCCGUGCCUGCAUUGCCGCCGGAGCAGGACUUUGAUCUCAUGAUGCCUGAUGGGGAGGAGCCUCGGCGGGCUGAUUCUGUAACAGGAUACGGUGUAGCUCGUUGA